GCGGAGGAAGCCCACCCCGGGCGGAGCUCACGCACUUCCGGCGGAGCGUCCGUAGGCGUGCGGAGGGGCGCGGGCUCCCGAGGCUUUGGACUGGCGCCAUGUUCCUGACCGCGCUCCUGCGCCGCAAUCGCAUCCCUGGCCGGCAGUGGAUCGGGAAGCAUCGGCGGCCGCGCGCCGUGUCCUUCCAGGCGAAGCAGAACACUGUCCGCCGCCUGGAGACGGAGGCGGAGAACCACUACUGGCUGAGCUCUCCCUAUCUUAGCGCCGCGCAGGAGUUCGGGCACGCCGCGGCCCGCCGGGCGGCCGCCUUCCAGGCCAUCAAGGCGGCCAAGGAGGCCAAGUUCCCGCAGCACCGGCGGCUCGUGGACCAGCUCAGCCACCUCAAUGUCACCAAGAAGUGGGCCUAACCGCCGCCGCCUACGGGAACCGGAAGCAUUAGGAGAAUGUGGCCGGUCAGGAAACUUGGCGCGGUCAACACAAUACACUGUACAGAAGAUAUAUUGUAGUAUUGUACACCUGAAACCUGUAUAAUUUUAUUAACCAACGUCACCCCAAUAAGUUCAAUUUGAAAAAACGGCCUUUGGACCAGAGUCCUGAGCAGAGCGUUCAGAACAUCGGGUCUCCAAGCUCCAUUUUUUCCCAUGCCAUGUUUGUUUCUGCACCAGGGUUCCAGUGAUGUGGGAUGCAUUUUGGGUGAACCUGCGAUGAAACUGCAAACUAAUCGUUUGAAGUCUGUGACACCCAAUGGGUUGCCUAAACGUAAAUGAAAACAAGCUUUGUCAGUCAAAUAUAUUCCUAGAAAUGUCAUUUUUUUCUUCUACCAACUGUGGACAUUUAAAUGAAGUAAAACGGUUUUUAUCAGAA